AUGGGUCUCACAAGCCGGUUUAAGAAGUCUGAUACGGCCAGCGAUAGCGAGAUCUCAGAGAAACGUCACCAAGAGCAAAAUACAUCUUCCCUCGUCUAUGAUGGCACCAGCAGCGAGGAGGCCACCACUGGCACGCAUACCCCAGCUGGUACUACCCAUUUUCAGCCUGCCGCCAAAAACCACCUCAAGUCAUAUAUGGGCCUGACCGGUAGAAACCUUCAUCUGGCAAUCUCCAUCGUGGCCACCAACGGAUUCCUACUCUUUGGCUAUGAUCAAGGAGUUAUGUCGGGUAUCAUCACUGACCCUGUUUUCAACGCGUACUUCCCAGCAACCAACGGGAACUCCACAGUGCAAGGUAUCACGACGGGUAUCUAUGAGAUCGGUUGUCUUUUUGGCGCUAUCUUUAUACUCAUGUUUGGCGAGUGGCUUGGCCGUCGUCGAUCUUGCAUCAUCGGUGGCUGGGUCAUGAUUAUUGGUGUUGUGAUUCAGAUCACCGCUUUCACCGGGCAUCAGCCCUAUGUGCAAUUCAUGGUUGGACGAACAAUUACUGGUGUUGGUAAUGGCAUAAACACAUCGACUAUUCCUACCUACCAGGCCGAAUGCUCCAAGUCUUCGAACCGUGGUCUCUUGAUCUGCAUUGAGGGUGCUACAAUCGCCUUCGGGACAAUGAUCGCCUAUUGGAUCAACUAUGGCUCCCAAUUCUCCGACAACGAGAGCGUUCACUGGAGAUGGCCCAUUGCUUUCCAGAUUUUGUUCGGUCUCUUCCUCUCCGUUAUGAUGGUAUUCCUUCCAGAAUCUCCUAGAUGGCUUCUCAGCCGUGAGCGUUAUGAGGAGGGUGAGAGUGUUCUCGCCUCUCUCCAUGGCCUGGAAAGCCACCAUCCCGAGGUCCAGCAACAGAAGGCUGUUAUCUUGGACUCUAUCCGCGCCGCCGGCGAAGGUGCUAGCUUCAAGAGUCUGUUCACCAACGGAAAAACACAGCACUUCCGUCGCAUGAUGAUAGGGUGUUCUUCACAGCUAUUUCAACAAAUUGGUGGUUGUAAUGCUGUGAUUUAUUACCUCCCCGUAUUGCUCGAGGAGAAUCUAGGCCAGAGCCGUAAAAUGGCCCUCGUCAUUGCAGCUGUAAAUGUGACCUGCUAUGCUAUCUUCUCAACAUCAUCUUGGUUCUUGAUUGAGAGAGUUGGCCGCCGUGCUCUCUUCCUUUGGGGUACGAUUGGCCAGUGCCUUGCCAUGGUUAUCACUUUCGCUACUCUUAUCCCUUCGGGCAUCAAGUCUGAUAACACCAGCCCCGAGGCUCAGCAAGCUGCUAAGGGAGGUGUUUUCGGUCUCUUCGUGUUCAUCAUCGUCUUUGGAGCUACCUGGCUCCCCCUGCCUUGGCUUUACCCCGCCGAAGUCAAUCCCAUCAAGACUCGCGGCAAGGCCAACGCAAUCUCUACCUGCACGAAUUGGUUAUUCAACUUCGUCGUUGUUAUGGUUACUCCAAUCAUGACUGCGAACAUUGGAUGGGCAACAUACCUCGUCUUCGCCAUCAUCAAUGCCUGCUUCCUGCCUUUCGUCUACUUCUUCUACCCCGAGACUCGGAAACGCUCGCUUGAGGAAAUCGAUAUUAUCUUCGCCAAGGGCUAUCUUGAGAAAACAAGCUAUGUCACUGCUUCACGGAACCUGCCAUUACUUGACGACAAGGCAGUUGAAGACUUGGCCAACCAGUAUGGUCUCGGUGAUGAGCUCCGCAGGGACAGGCACGUCAGUAAGGAGGGUGCUCCUGAUGACUUAGCACAGGGUUCUAAGUCGGGUUAA